GAUGUAGCACCAUGGACAUCGAAGAUCACGACCCCUUCGAAGAUGAGGCGGACUGCAUCGAGCACCACCAGCAGUUCGAAGAUGAGGAGCACAGCAUCGGGCACCACCAGAACGAGCAGGAGGGCGGCCCCCAGCGCGGCGAGGGGCUAG